UUAAACAAAAAAGUCAAAAUGUACCCAAAAGCGACACCUUCAUGGCGGAGGGUAUUCUGGUCAUUACAUGUGAGUCAAGAUAGACACAUAAAUUUAGCUUGAAAAAAUUUAAAAAUAAAAAAUAAAAGCCGUACGAUUUAUUUCUCCCGUUUAUUGCCAAAAACUAGACAAUUCCCCUUCCGAUCUUCUUCAUUGUUCGCAUCUUCCCCCUUUUGGAGAAACCCUAAAUCGGAAUCGUAGAGAAACAUCGACAUCCAACGACAUGUUGCGAGUAGCCGGGAGGAGAUGCUCUUCUCUCUCUUCAUGGUGGUCGUCUACUCCGGCCUCCUCCGCCAUCAUCUCUCGCAAUCCAAUCAACGGUUGUGGCGUUGAUUCCACCUCCGAUGCCCCCAGAUCCGUUUCUCAUCCGAAUCCCUUAUUUUUUAAUUCCAUAUUUCUCCAUCAUAUCAGAGGUCUUUCUUCUAGUACAAUUGCUCCAACACAUGAUUUAGGGUUUGAAGUCCCUUCAACAGUUGCAGCCAUCAAGAACCCUACAUCCAAGAUCACAUACGAUGAACACAACCAUGAACGCUACCCUCCAGGUGACCCAAGCAAACGUGCAUUUGCAUACUUUGUGCUAACAGGUGGCAGGUUUGUUUAUGCAUCAUUAAUCCGUCUGUUGGUCCUCAAGUUUGUUCUUAGCAUGUCUGCAAGUAAAGACGUUCUUGCCCUUGCUUCCAUUGAAGUAGACCUGUCAAGCAUCGAACCAGGAACCACUGUGACUGUUAAGUGGCGUGGGAAGCCAGUUUUCAUCAGGCGUAGAACAGAUGAUGACAUUAAACUAGCCAACAGUGUUGAUGUGAACUCUCUUAGGGACCCACAGGAGGAUGCGAUUAGGGUUCAGAAUCCAGAGUGGCUUAUUGUUGUUGGGGUGUGUACUCAUUUGGGUUGCAUCCCUUUGCCUAAUGCUGGUGAUUUUGGUGGGUGGUUUUGCCCUUGCCAUGGAUCACAUUAUGAUAUAUCCGGAAGAAUCCGGAAGGGACCUGCUCCUUAUAAUUUGGAGGUGCCUACUUAUAGCUUCUUGGCUGAGGAUAAGUUGCUCAUUGGAUGAAAUGCUGUUUUACUGUUACGGAAAUCGAAGAAAGUUUUUGUUUUUGUUAUAAUUUUUUGUUUUUGUUUGUGUAUCAGAAUUUUUGAAUGUGCUGCUAUAGAGUUCUAAAUAAGGCAGCAUCAGGUGGGUUUUUGUUUAUUUGUUGGGAAUAAUCUAUACUGGGUUUAAAUUGCCUUUUCCAAGUGACAUAUAUAUGUGAUUCUUUAAUUUUGACUCCAUUUUUCAAUUUUUUUUUGACCACAUUCAGUUCUAAAUAGUAAAUACCCAUUUUGCUUUUGUGGUUUAUUGGUGUUUUGACCAGGGCACUUAUGUAGUAGUUGAAAAGUUGGUCAUCAUUGGGUGGCUGAUAUCUCCAUUAUAUGUUCUUUUGGGAGUAGGGUACACAUUAUUUUGCUUCCUUUUUGACAUUUUGGUCGCCCAAUUGGGUUUUUGGGUAUUCUUAUUUUACGUGUUGUAGUUUAAAUUGAAAAUGUGG